GCCAAGGGGCUGGGUGGUGUCCGGUCACUUAUGUAACCUGUGGGCAUAUAUAGGGGCACACGGCCCGUGGGACUCUGACCCACCUGCCAACUCUGCUCCCUCAAGAUGAAGGUGGCUGUGGGCCCAGACCCUUCCCUGGUCUACCGGCCCGAUGUGGACCCAGAGGCAGCCAAAGACAAGGGCAGCUUCCGAAACUACACCUCUGGCCCGCUGCUGGACCGUGUCUUUGCCACCUACAAGCUUAUGCACACGCAGCAGACCGUGGACUUCGUCAGGAAGAAGCACACCCAGUUUGGGGGCUUCUCCUACAAGAAAAUGACUGUGCUGGAGGCUGUGGCCAUGCUGGACGGGCUGGUGGACGAGUCGGACCCAGACGUGGACUUCCCCAAUUCCUUCCAUGCCUUCCAGACUGCUGAGGGCAUCCGGAAAGCCCACCCUGACAAGGACUGGUUCCACCUCGUGGGGCUGCUGCAUGACCUGGGGAAGGUCCUGGUUCUGGCAGGGGAGCCCCAGUGGGCGGUUGUUGGAGACACCUUCCCAGUUGGCUGCCGUCCCCAGGCCUCUGUGGUUUUCUGUGACUCCACCUUCCAGGACAACCCCGACCUCCAGGAUCCUCGAUACAGCACAGAGUUCGGCAUGUACCAGCCCCACUGUGGGCUAGAGAACGUCCUCAUGUCCUGGGGCCAUGAUGAGUACAUGUACCAGAUGAUGAAGUUCAACAAAUUCUCUCUCCCACCGGAGGCCUUCUACAUGAUCCGAUUCCACUCCUUCUACCCUUGGCACACGGGUGGCGACUACCGGCAGCUGUGCAGUGAGCAGGACCUGGCCAUGCUUCCCUGGGUGCAGGAGUUCAACAAGUUUGACCUCUACACCAAGUGUCCAGGUCUGCCGGAUGUGGACGAGCUGCGGCCCUACUACCAGGGGCUCAUUGACAAGUACUGCCCUGGUGUGCUGAGCUGGUGACCGGCCUGCCCUCCCUGCCCAGGCCUGGUCAGGUGCCCUGGGGUGACAGCCACGGUUGGGGGGACUCCACGUGCACAUCUGCGGUCAACACUCCCUGUCCUGGUGGCCACUCUGCCCAGUGGCAAUAAAGACCUUGAAGCAGCUUA